AUGCAGUUUGGAAAACGCUGCCAUGUAGACUUCAGUACCUCCAACAUCUGGGUUGGAGAUACAACUAGGUAACUGUUGGGUUUUUUAAAAAAUCAAGCAUUAUUUGGUUGCUUCCUCCAGCAGCCAGUGAAGUCUUUGCCUACAUGGAGCUACGGUCCUUCUCCUUCCCUAAAAAAAAAAUGUUCAGUGUCACAACUUCCCCACAAAAAUGUGGGAAACGGGCAUGGCUACAAUACACUUGCUGCCAAUGGGAGGCUGGUCACCUGGGCAUGGAGCUUAAAUGGGAGAGGGGUUAAAAGUUUUCCCGAAAAUAAAAAAGAAAACGAGAUGAUUUCCUGUUACCUGCAUACUCCCUGACCUUCCACUUGAACUGCUACAUCCACUUCUGCCAAUCCCAGUCCCAAACUAUUCCCACCCAAACCCAAACAUCUCCAGGCAGAAAACCAUAUUCAUAUAGCAAUUGCUAGGGCAGCCCCAGACACUUGCUUAGAUCUAUAUAUAUCCAUUUGCAUCCUUAUAGGUAAUCCAGCCAACCCACUCCCAAAUUGUGUGGGCUUUUGACUCUGAAGCCCUGGCAGUUUUGCAAGCCAGUUAGAAUUAUUCUUGCAUUCUGAGCAUGUCCAGACCUCCUCCUUAGUAAAGCAGCCUCCUGAACUGUAGAACUCAACAUUCUGCUGAGAAAAAAAGCACACCAAGAACUGAGGCCAAUGUAGGUUUCAAUAGUGGGAGUGGUCCCUACUCACAAUUCAAUAGUCAAUAGUAACAAAAACUAAUUAUUCAAAAGUAUGUAUUAUAAUAGAGAUUACAAACUCUAACAGAGAUUUCAAACUCAAAGAGAUAUGUAUAACACAAUAAUUCGUUACAAAGAUUUUCUCUUUUUCACUCGACAAUAAUGUUGAUCCUUAUAAUUUAUCAGCUUGCAGAUGGAGACUCAGUUUCAAUCAUAGAGCAGAAGUCAAGUUAUGGAUUGGAAAUCAGGACAGGGCCCUGUUUCGAUGUAUUCACCUUCAUCAGCUGGAAGUAUCAAAUAUUACAUGAAAAUACAUUUAAAUUCUAAAUUGUCAUAAAUUAUGAAACAGUCAUAAACUGUAGAACUGUAGAACUAGGCACAUUCUGCUGAGAGCCUAACUACACUGAUCAGCCACUGGGUGGUAUUUGCAAACCCCACGUCCUUUGCCAAUGUGGUUUCCAGGUACUCUGCAAACCCUUCUUUCAUCAAGGAGGUGCAGCUUUACUUGCUCCAUAGCCUGACUUCAUAUAUCGCCUCAGGCAUAAGGCGGGGGGGAGGGGAGGGACGACAACAUUGUGCUAAUUUAGGUCCCGCUGGGCUCCCUGGCCAGAUGUUGCCCCCUCACAAUUCUGAGCAAGGUGGACCAUUCUUCUGACAGCCUAAGUCAUCUUCCAAGAUUCCCCUGAGGAAGGCCAAAAUUCACAUAUCAUUUUGAAAUAGCUAGAUCUUUGGCUGCAGAUCUCCAGCAUCUUAUAGGGAGAGGGAGAUAACUUUCCUGAGUCACCAGCUCCCCUUCUUAGACACUGUACUUUUAAGCCCUCUGGCUAUAUAGCUGCUGUCCAAGGCAAGGUGACAUUGCUCCUGCUUCUGCUUGUGCUUUCUGAUGACUCAGUUACACACCUAGCAUACAAAAAAUGCCACCUGUAAAGAUGGAGGAUAAGAAGAGAAGCCAAUCCUUACUGAGUUCUCAGCUUUGAGAAAGUGGGCAGAAAUAAAAACCCCAGUCGUGUCAAAGUGCAUUUUUUCCUGUUGGAAGGGAAAUACUUGAUUCUGUGUGUUUUACAGGGAAGAGUCCAGGGCAGUGCUCAGAAAAAAGCCGCUCCCAUCCCGUUACUUGAAAGUUUUUGUUAUUAUUCAUAUUUAUUAUUAGUCACUUCUUCAGAAAGGUAACCUCAAAGCGACUUACAGAAACAAAGCAUUUAAAAACAAGAGUAAAAACAACCCAAAAUGCUAAACCUUAGACUCAUAGGUAGAAGCAGUAAGAGCUGACAGAAUUAAGAAAAAGUAAAACUUAGGGAAUGCCUAGAUGAGAUUUUUAAAUAUAGAACUGAUGAACAAGGGUCUUCAGUAGCAAAUCUGCUUAGGUUACAAAUUUCAGAACUAAUACUCUCAGCUCAAUAAUUUUUGGUAGAAACAAGUCUGACGAAUGUCUAGAUAAAAAUUUUAAAAUGAGGAAUCAAAUGGAAUAUUUGGUGUGUUGGGAGAGCAAAACGACAGUGUGUUUGGAACAGGGAAUGCAAGAACGGGGGGGGAGUGUCACCAUGGGAGGAUGUCAGACUCCAAAUUCAAAUGGAGAUAGCAAAGGGAAUAAAAGUCAGAGGAUGGGUGGGGGGAGAGACCAGGGAGGAAAUAAUGAGAGAAUAAGUAAGCACAGGAGGGGAGGGAACCUCUGAAUCGCACUGGGUGACCUUGGGCCAGGCACUGCCCGUCCGGCUAAACCUCACAGGGUGGUUGUGAGGAUAAAAUGUGGUGGGUGAGAACCAUGGAUGCCACCUUGAGCUUGGAGGAAAGGGUGGGAUAUAAAUGCAAUAAUCAAAUAAUACAUAAAUUACUUUCCAGUAAUUAAGCAUAGGAUCAGGCUGUUAGUCUAGCAAAUUGCUUGUUUUGGUGAUUGGAAAUGAAACACAGAAAGUUUCCUUCCACGAAUCAGUCCUUCCAUGAGUCCGUCUAACUCAGCGUUGUCUGCAAUAUUGACUGCAUGCGGCUCUCCAGGGUUUCAGGCAGGGAACUCUCCUCUCAGCCUUGACCUGGAGAUGCCAGGGAUUGGGCAAGGCUGGCACCUCCUGCGUGCAGAACAUAGGAUCUUCUUACAGCCCUUUGGGAUUGUUCUAGUUGGUUAGAGCAUGGUGCUGAUUGUGGGAUAUAAAGCUGUCAGUCAAGUCCAACAUUCCAAGAGGACUAACUGCCUCUAUGUGGCAGGCAGUUUGUCUGUUGGUCGGUUGCUGCAAGGAGUGUUAACUGGUAACUGCUCGGAUGCAGUCUUCUCAUGAUUCAUUACUAUCUAGUAUAUAGUUUAUGAGUUUUUACUGGCCCAGAGUUGUGUAAUUCCCCCCCCCCCCGGUUAUCUAGUGGGGAUUAAGUAAGCCCUCCCUUCCCUCAGAGGUUACAGUAACCUAAGGCAGUGAUCUCCCUGGAAAAGACCCUGAUGUUGGGAAAGAUGGAGGGCACAAGGAGAAGGGGACGACAGAGGACGAGAUGGUUGGACAGUGUUCUCGAAGCUACCAGCAUGAGUUUGACCAAACUGCGGGAGGCAGUGAAAGACAGGAGGGCCUGGCGUGCUCUGGUCCAGGGGGUCACGAAGAGUCGGACACGACUAAACGACUAAACAACAACAACAAAAGGCAGUGAAGAUUAUAUUUUUGAGAUGUCUAGUGGAGUUUUUGAAAAGUGAUCUAGGACGAGGCUUGCCUGUUCUAAAUGAACAUAAUUUUGUGCACUGGAAGCAAUGCUUAAUAGCACUUCUAGAUGUGAAAGGUGUCCUCGAUGCUAUAAAAGCCCCUGACCUACAAGCACGGAUGAGGGUGAUUUACAAGAGUUUGGGAAGAAAAGAAUAGGAAAGCCAGAUUAAUCAUUUUGAAUGGACUUCGCGAUGAACACCUCUCAAUGAUAAAUUCUGAAGAAACUGCAUCUCAAAUUUUAAAUGAUAUUGAGCGCAUGUUUGGAGACACGAUGAAGAGCCCGUAUGUUAAUACGUGAGUUAACCAGACUGAGAAUGAAUUCUAAAGAUGAAUUCACAAACCAUAUCAACCAAUUUACAGAAAUUAUUCAAAAGUUUCAGAUUACCCCCAAACCAUUUGAUGAGGAAAUGAAAACAUCAUUUCUGUUAUCAUCCCUAGGACCAAGAUUUGAUGCAUUUGUGAGUAUAAGGGACCACAAAGGUCUAACAUUAAGAGACCUGACUGCUUAUUUAAGACAGGAAUGCAGAGGGAGCGCUUAGUCUCCAGAAAGAAAUAUUAAGAGUAAAGACAGCAAUGAUGCGUCUAGACAGUUUGCAAGGCCCAAAGACACACAGAAAAGUGUAGGUUUUUUUAAUUGUAAAAAGCAAGGUCAUAUCGCUAAGAAUUGUAGAUUACUCAAAACAGAUAAACCAUUCCCUUUUAAGCCAAAAGACGAAAAGAAGGGGAAAUCUGAAUGCUGUUGGCUACUACAAGAAAAGAAUUUAACUGUCAGGAAUUGUAAAAAUAAUAGUAAUAGGUGGAUCCUAGACAGUGGAGCAAGUUCACAUUACUCUUUUAGAAAAGACUGUUUUAAUGAAAUUAAUGAAGCAGUAGGAUCAGAAAUUGAAAUCGCAGAUGGAAAUAUUGUCAAAACGAGAGGGGCUGGUUCUGUGAAUUUGAAAUUUAAUGCAGAAAAUCAAAUUUUACAUACCACAGUAGAAAGAGUCCUGUAUGUUGCACAGCUCAGAUGCAAUCUGAUUAGUGUGUCCAGUUUGGACAAAAAGGGUUUCCAGAUAACGUUUGGAAAUCAACAUUGCAAAGUAACAAAGAAUGGCAAACUGUUUGUUCAAGCUAAACUAAUAAAUGGUGUGUAUGAGGCUGGUAGUUCAGAGAAUGAAUCUGCAAAGGUGGCACAUUCAAGCCAGAAGGAUGAGGCGGACCUGCAGCUUGGAUACAGAGACACCAGCACCAUUCUAGAUCUCCAGAAAAGUAAACUUGCAAGAGAUUACAGUGGUACCUCGGGUUAAGAACUUAAUUUGUUCUGGAGGUCCGUUCUUAACAGGAAACUGUUCUUAACCUGAGGUACCACUUUAGCUAAUGGGGCCUCCUGCUGCCGCUGCAUGAUUUCUGUUCUCAUCCUGAAGCAAAGUACAGGUAACAGCUAGCAAAACAAUUCCAACGAAAUGCAUAAGUUGUAUAACUGAGAAAGCUGUAAAAUCUUCAUUUCCAAGAUGCACAGAGCAGAGAAGCAGUAAAGUACUUGAUAUAGUCUACAGUGACUUAUGUGGACCAAUGAAUGUUCCCUUACUGGGUGGGAACAGGUACAUACUAAUUUUUCUUGAUGAUUUUUCAAAAUACUGUGUAGUGUAUUUCAUCAAAGAAAAGAGUGACACGCUGGAAAUGUUCCAAAAAUAUUUAGCGAUGGUUAAAAAUAAGUUCAAAAGAGCUCCAGCUAUACUGAUGACAGACAAUGGAGGAGAGUACUGCUCACGUGAUAUGCAGACUAUACUGGAGAAGGAGGGAAUUGAACAUGUGACCACAAUUUCUUACACACCACGACAAAAUUCUAUAGCUGAGAGAAAAUUUAGAUCCAUCAUGGAAAUGACCAGAUGUAUGUUAAAGGAUGCAUCUCUACCACACAAGCUGUGGGCAGAUGCAGUGAAUACAGCAGUUUAUCUCCAGAACAGAUUGCCAAGAAAGGGAGCAAAGUGCACACCUUUCGAACUUUGGCAUGGGAGCGUUCCUAAUCUGUCACACAUAUGUGUAUUUGGGAGUCUGUUAUUAUCACGUUCCUAAAGAACACAGGGGGGCGCGGGUGGCGCUGUGGGUAAAACCUCAGUGCCUAGGGCUUGCCGAUCGCAUGGUCGGCGGUUCGAAUCCCCACGGCGGGGUGAGCUCCCGUCUUUCGGUCCCAGCUCCUGCCCACCUAGCAGUUCGAAAGCACCCCUAAGUGCAAGUAGAUAAAUAGGUACUGCUUUAUAGCGGGAAGGUAAACGGCGUUUCCGUGUGCUGCGCUGGUGCUGGCUCGCCAGAGCAGCUUCGUCAUGCUGGCCACGUGACCUGGAAGUGUCUCCGGACAGCGCUGGCCCCCGGCCUCUUAAGUGAGAUGGGCGCACAACUCUAGAGUUGGACACGACUGGCCCGUACGGGCAGGGGUACCUUUACCUUUACUAAAGAACACAGACACAAGCUUGAUUCCAGAGCGCAAACAGGUAUCCUUGUGGGGUACGCUUCUGGAGGCAAGGGAUACAGAAUUAUGGACUUACACACUGGUAAGAUAAAUGUAUACCAUGCAGUGUACCGUAUUUUUCGCCCCAUAGGGCACACCGGCCCAUAGGACGCACCUAGCUUUUUGGGGGGGGAAAUAAAGAAAAAAAAAUUAUUUCCCCCCAGGUGCGGGGCUGGGGCAGGGGAAGCCUGAGCUUCCCCCGACCCCAGCCCCCAGAACAGGCUGCUAACCGCAAGCCGUGGGAGAGCUGCGUGAAGUCGCGCAGCUGUCCCACGGCUAGCGGAGAGCUUGCCUGCACCCAGAAGCUCGGGGCACACUGAGCUCAGCACGCCCCAGGCCUCGGGCUUCGCGCAGCUCUCCCACGGCAUGCGGAUAGCUUCCUGAAGCCUGGAGAGCGAGAGGGGUUGGUGCGCACCGACCCCCCUCGCUCUCCAGGCUUCAGUGAAAGCCUGCAUUCGCCCCAUAGGACGCACACACAUUUCCCCUUCAUUUUUGUUUUGUUUGUUUUUAAUGAUAUUUAUUAAAGUUUCAAAGAAUACAAAAACAAAAAAUAAAAAUACAAGAAAAUACAAAGUACAGAAAAAAUAAUAAAAUUUUUAAAAUAUAACAAAAAAAAGAAAAAUAAAGAAAAACAUACAAGUUAAAAACAGUUAAAAACACGUUAGCUUUCCAUAGUAUGCCUUCCCUAGCCUUAUUUCCCCGGACCUCCUCAUACCUCCCUUUUUUGUAUUCCAGUUUGGUUUGUUAGUUCAGCAAAUCCUUACCAUUAAGCUUUUACCCAUUUGUAAACCUUUUUUCGUAUCUCUUAAAGCAUUACAGCUGGAAACCACUUAGUUUCUAUCCAACAUCCUUCUAAGAUUCAUUAAUUUUACAAUAUUUCUGUAAAUAGUCUUUAAAUUUCUUCCAGUCUUCUUUCACCGACUCUUCUCCCUGGUCUCGGAUUCUGCCAGUCAUUUCUGCCAAUUCCAUGUAGUCAAUCACCUUCAUCUGCCAUUCUUCCAGAGUGGGUAGAUCUUGUGUCUUCCAAUACUUUGCAAUGAGUAUUCUUGCUGCUGUCAUUUCCCCUUCAUUUUUGGAGGGGAAAAAGUGCGUCCUAUAGGGCGAAAAAUAUGGUAUUUUGAUGAACACAGUAAAGCUGAUACUAAGAAUAGUAUUUUAUUUGAAGACACAGAAAAGAUUAAAGAUCUUGUGUAUUUUCCUUCAAUACCCCAGCAAAGUCCUGAUCUGUCUUCCAGUGUAGAAGUUGCAUAGGACCAGAUUCCUGGUGGCAUCAGAGACAAAGAGGAGGACUCGGAUGGAGACAUGCCAGUGUUGGAGGAAGAUGAGGAAGCUGAUGUGGUUGCAGUAUCAGAGGUCAGACGCUCAUCCAGAACUAACAAAGGUGUCCCACCAAGAAGACUGUCCUACUUCACAGGGUCGGCGUUUCCACAGGAACCUUCCACAUGGGAAGAGAUAGAGAAGAUGCCAGAUGCACAAGCCAGUCUCUGGAAGAAGGCCACACAGGAGGAGAUGGAUGCACUGCAUCAGAAUAAAUCCUGGACUCUCACUGAGCUACCUCCCGGUAAGAAGGCCAUUGGCAGUAAGUGGGUGUUCAAGGUUAAGAAGGGGGCAGAAGGAGAAGUGCAACACCACAAAGCCAGACUUGUAGCACAAGGAUUUUCACAACAAUAUGGUGAAGAUUAUGAUGAGGUUUUUGCACCAACCGUGAGAUGCAGCAGUGUGAGGAUGCUUCUAAGUAUCGCAGCCUCCAAGCAGUUGCAAGUGAAACAUAUCGACAUUGCUACAACUUUUCUACACGGACAAAUUUCAGAAGAAAUUUAUAUGUGUCAACCUAAAGGUUUUAUAAAACCAAAUCAGGCACAUUUAGUUUGCAAGCUGCAAAAAGGUCUUUAUGGUCUCAAGCCGGCUGCUAGAGCCUGGAACCAAAAAUUGCAUAGAAUGCUGACGCAGCUUGGUUAUAAGGAGGGUCAUGCUGAUAAGUGUUUGUAUAGUAAGUCAAGUAAUGGACAAUUCUCAUACGUCUUAGCAUUUGUAGAUGACUUGAUUAUUGCUACAUCAAAUGAAAAAGACUAUGCACAAAUUGUAAAACAUCUUAACAAAGAAGAUGUUUCUUCUUAAUCAAAGGCAAAAGAUUCAAUAACUUAUUGAAUGCAUGCAAAUGCAAGAUGCAAACACAGUUGCUACACCCAUGGCCACUGAUUUCUUAAAGAAUCAGCAGAACUCAAAGCUGUUGCCAGACAAUAAUGAAUAUAGAUCAAUUAUUGGUAAACUUUUGUAUUUAGUCACCACAUGUAGACCUGAUAUUGCCAGUGCAGUGGGGAUACUUAAUAGGAAAGUAAAUGCUCCCACUGAGUAUGAUUGGGCAGGUAUAAAAAGGGUAGUGAGGUAUCUAAAGGGUACUAUGUAUUAUAAGAUUACCAUCUGUCAGUAAUCCUAGUUUGUUUGGGUAUACUGAUGCAGAUUGGGUAGUGACAAUGUUGAUUAUAAAUCCACAUCUAGGUAUGUAUUUAUGUUUGGGGAUGGACUUAUUUCAUGGGGUAGUUAUAGGCAGAAAUGUGUAGCAUUAUCUUCCAAAGAAGCAGAAUAUGUUGCAGCUUCGGAAGCAUGCACAGUGGUUGCCUGGUUGGAUCAACUCAUUAAAGAUUUUGGGUUGGUGAGCAAGGUACCUGUCAAACUGCUGGAAGAUAAUCAGAGUUGCAUGAAAUUAUCUCAGAAUGAGAAGGUCCACGCAAGAUCAAAACACAUUGGGGUGAAGCACCACUAUAUCCAUGACAUGAUUCAAAGUGGACUUGUGGAACUAUGUUAUUGCAGCACCAAAGAGAUGACUGCUGACAUUCUAAUACAGCCUCUGACUAAGGAAAGUUUCCAGAGUUUACAAGAAAAACUCGGACUUUGUGUAGUAGAUUAAAGUUGUUUAAUUUAUUAAUGUUGUAUUGCCUGAGAAGGGGUUUGUGGGAUAUAAAGCUGUCAGUCAAGUCCAACAUUCCGAGAGGACUAACUGCCUCUAUGUGGCAGGCAGUUUGUCUGUUGGUCGGUUGCUGCAAGGAGUGUUAACUGGUAACUGCUUGGAUGUAGUCUUCUCAUGAUUCACUACUAUCUAGUAUAUAGUUUAUCAGUUAUGUAACCUAAGUCUGCCUUCAGGCUGACAACCUGAAUGAAUCUGAUAGUAAAGUAGUUUAUAUGAUUCAGAUUCAUGUGUGUUUUCUUUAAGAGGGACUGAAAGGGAUUAUCAACCAGGAAGGUAUAAUUAUUGAUAGGACUCAAACAAGUUAGCAACCCGCCUGUUGAUGCAUAAACUCAAACAGGGGAUGGUUUAAACUCUGCUAAAUUAUAUAAAUGUUCCCACACUGAUAACAUCAAGGUUGCAGGUUCAAUCCCCGUAUGAGACAGCUGCAUAGUCCUGCAUUGCAGGUAUUAUGGGCUGUCCCGUAAAUCCGCUGGAUGAAAUAGCGGAAGAACGUUGCCUCAGGAGAGUGAAGAAAAUUCUCAGGGAUGAUUCACAUCCUGGCUGGCAAUUUCUUGAUAUCCUGCCCUCAGGCAGAAGAUAUAGAAGCAUGAUUAAUCUCACCAACAGGGUAAAAAACAGCUUCUAUCCGUGGGCUGUUAGGCUGCUGAAUGAAAAGAUAACAACAGGGCAACUGACUUUUGGGUUUGGUGGGUGUGCGUCAGCAAACGAGGGGAAUUAAGACUAAGAGAGCUGAGUUGGGGGUGCUCGUGUAAUCUCACUGUAUACAAGUUGUACCAGUGGCAAUAAAGUAUUUCAGUUUCAGGGGGUUGGACUAGAUGACCCUCAGGAUCACUUCCAACUCCACAAUUUUCUCUCACUCUCUCUGAUAAAAUAUGUCAAGUGUUAGAAUACUAUUUCAGCUCUGUCCCUUUCACAGAAACCCCUUUGAAUAGAAUCAGGGAGCAACUGCAGAAGUAAGGCAGCCAAGGCCAUAAACAAACCUAGCAGCAGAGUUCAGUAUAUCAAUGCUCAUAGGUCCUGACCGUAAGUAGUUACCCUCCAAUGUGCUACUUUUGGAAAAGAUAAAAUUGGCUUCGUCAGCAGUUGGAGCAAUGCCCGCUUUCCCAGAGGAUGAAUUAUAAGAAAACUUUGAUUGCAUCUGUCUGAUCUCAAGCUAAUGAAAAUUUGGUACCAGGAGGAACCGCUCAUUCCAUUUGCAUCAAGCGUUUUACGAAUGGAUGCCUAAUAUAUCUAGAGGUUUUUGUUUUGUUUUUUGUUUUAAAUGCAUUUAUCUUUCCUCCAUUCUGUAGUGUUGCUUCCCAAGAUGCUCAAGCAGCCAAGCAUUCAAAAUUUUGUAGCCAAAGCAGACUCUCUCUCCCCCUACCAGGCCUAUGGAAUAAUGACAUUGGCUUCUUUGGUUCAAUAGCCCCUGCCUUUGCAAGGCCAGGACCACCUUUAAUUCAAACAUGCAUUUCUUAAUAUGAUUACCAUAUAUUUAUAUGGUGGGAAAUACUAUUAUUGAGACACAUCUUACACCAGGCCAUUAUCCAGCAGGGGAGCCCAACCCUCCAACAGAAGACUAACAAAUGUGGUUAAGUGGUUAGAGUGUCAGACAGGACCUGGAACACCAGGGUUCAAAUCCUCACUCAGCAAGGAAGCUCACUGGGUGACCUUGGAGUCAGUCGCUGCCUUUCAGCCUAACCUACCUCACAGGGUUGUUGUGAAGAUUCAGUGGGGGGGGGGAGCUAUGAACACCAAUUUGAGCUCCUGGGAGAAAAAGGUGGGAUAUAAAAUAUGGAAAAUAAAUAAAUAAAUUUACUUGGUUUUUCUUCUCCAUAUCUGGCCAAAGUGGCAAGUCCCAUAAAAAGGCAAUAAAACAAUUAAACAACAAUGAAAGCAAAACAGCAAGGACAAAAGAGCCAGGUAGCAAGGACAGCAAAAUAAUAAUAAUAAUAAUAAUAAUAAUAAUAAUAAUAACAACAACAACAACAACAACAAUAAUAAAAAUAAUAAUGUAUUAACAGUGAUAAUUAUGGAAAAGAUUUAGCCAACUUCCUUGGACUCCCUUUGAUGUCAAAGUCUUUUAGCUGCCAUUAAAAGAGCACUAAAGUGUGCUUCCUUUACCCUUUAAAUUUUUUCCUUUGCAGUUCAGAAAUAUGACGGCGGGAUCACUCCAUCAGCUCUCUUAUUGGUCAUCAGACUUCAUUUGAGUGCCUGA